CAAUGUAAGUGCAUAUAUUUUGUUAUGGGCCAAAUGUCAAUACUUGUUAUGUUGUGGCAAUCGAAGAAAUCUGCGCAAAAUUUAAGCAGAAAAGGAGAAUUUAUGUUACGGAUGUUUAUGUUUACACAAUACUAAAGUGACUGUUAAGUGAAUGGCUUGGAACCAAGGUGUUUGACAUCGUUUGACUUGAGCUACUGUUGUAUUACAUUAAUUCUUCGCUUAAAUUUCAAGUAUACAAAAUGGGUUCAUUAUUCCGAAGUGAAGAAAUGAGCCUGUGUCAAAUGUUUUUACAACCUGAAUCAGCUUAUUUGACUAUUUCUGAAAUUGGCGAAACCGGUGUUGUUCAAUUUCGGGACCUAAAUGUGAAUUUAAGUUCUUUUCAACGAAAAUAUGUUAACGAAGUUAGACGUUGCGAAGAAAUGGAGAGAAAAUUAAGGUAUAUUACUGAAGAAGUCAAUAAAGACAAUAUAAUCAUCAUGGACCUAUUUGGACUACCACGUGCUCCUCUUCCACGUGAAAUGAUCAAUCUAGAGGCUCAGAUUGAGAAAACCGAAAGUGACAUUUCAGAACUGACUCAGAAUGCUAAAAAUUUACAGCGUAGCGUUUUGGAUUUAAUAGAACUUCGCAUUAUGCUAGAGGCAGCUGAUGUUUUUUUCGCUGAGGAAGAUACCACUACGGCGACUCGUGCACUCAUGACCGACGACAAAAAAGAUGCAAGCGGUUGUCUCGAUUUUAUUGCCGGAGUGAUGCAUAGAGAACGUAUGGCAGCUUUUGAACGAAUGAUGUGGCGUGUUUCUCAUGGCAAUAUUUUUCUUCGUCAAACAGAUAUUUCAGAACGUCUUAAAGAUCAUGCAACGGGAGAUGACGUUUAUAAAACUGUCUUUGUGGCAUUUUUUCAAGGAGAAGAAUUAAAAACCCGCAUUAAAAAACUUUGUAGUGGCUUGCAGCACUGUCUAUCAUUGUACCCUUGCCCAAGUAACCAUAUGAAAAGGUUAGAGAUUAUAAGCGGUGUCAGUACUAGGAUCGAAGAUCUCAAAAUUGUAUUAAAUCAAACCCAAGAACAUCGACUACGCGUUUUGCAAAACGUGGCUAAACAAUUACCGGGAUGGAGUAUCGCUGUAAAUAAAAUCAAAGCUAUUUAUCACACUAUGAAUCUUUUCAACGUAGAUGUAUCGAGUAAAUGUCUCAUCGGAGAGUGCUGGAUACCAAAAUCCGAUUUAGCAAAGGUGCAGACUUGUUUGAAUGUUGGAUCGAGGGAAAGUGGCAGCGCAAUCGAAUCAAUUUUCAACACUAUUGAAACUGAAGAAAAACCACCGACAUUCUAUAAAACAAAUAAAUAUACCAAAGGUUUUCAAAUAUUGAUUGAUGCGUAUGGCGUUGCUUCUUAUCGGGAAGCUAAUCCUGCUCUUUACACAAUAGUAACAUUUCCAUUUUUAUUCAGUAUUAUGUUUGGUGACGCUGGUCAUGGGCUUCUCUUGUUCUUAUUUGGACUGUUUAUGGUGCUCAAAGAAAAUGAAUUAUCAAUGAAAAAGUCAAACAAUGAAAUAUGGAAUAUAUUUUUCGGUGGCAGAUAUAUCAUUUUAUUAAUGGGUUUAUUUUCAAUGUACACUGGUAUUAUAUACAACGAUGUAUUUUCGCGAUCGUUAAAUAUUUUUAGCUCUAGUUGGAAUGUAAGCUCUUACAACGUUGAAGAUGUUGUUAGUCACAAAUCGAUCAGUUUAGAUCCAAAAAUUUCGUACGCCGACCAUCCAUACCCAGUUGGCAUGGAUCCAGUAUGGAUGUUAGCGAGUAAUAAAAUAGUGCACCUAAAUUCUUACAAAAUGAAAUUGUCCAUCAUAUUUGGUGUAGUUCAUAUGAUAUUUGGCGUUAGUAUGAGUGUCGUUAAUAUUGUGCAUUUCAAAAAAUACUCGAGUUUAUUCUUCGAGUUUUUGCCGCAGCUAUUGUUUUUAUUAGUAUUAUUUGCUUACUUAGUUAGCCUUAUGUUUUUGAAGUGGGUCAUGUAUAGCGGUUACAGAAAAGGUACGUACUCUGAGGCGUGCGCUCCUUCGAUUCUCAUAAUUUUUAUCAACAUGAUGCUCUUCGGCGAGAACAAGAAAAAAGAAAAUUGCGAGGAAUGGAUGUUCGAAGGUCAAGACAUACUGCAGAAGUUUUUAGUUGCCAUUGCCUUAGUUUGUAUACCUAUUAUGCUGUUGGGAAAGCCACUUUACACUUUGUAUCGAAGGAGACAAUUUUCAAACAACCAGCAUAAAAACGAUGGAGAAAGCGAAGAUAUAGCUAUGGAUGAACUAAAUGCAAAUCUAGCUGCUAGCCCAUCAACUACUCAGCUUAUUGAAAGAUCAAGUAAACACAAAGACGAUUCUGCAAGCGAAUUGUUCAUAUAUCAAGCUAUACACACCAUCGAGUACGUUCUGUCUACCGUGUCGCACACAGCCUCGUAUUUGCGCCUCUGGGCUCUAUCAUUGGCACACUCGCAGUUAUCAGAAAUUUUGUGGAUCAAAAUACUGCAUUAUGGGUUCAUUUUUCCUUUACCAUUUUAUAUUAAUGGUUUUAUUUUAUCCAUCCUCUUUGCUGCUUGGGCUUUUUUCACUUUAGCCAUAUUGGUUUUAAUGGAGGGUUUAUCAGCUUUUCUUCACACCUUACGACUGCAUUGGGUGGAGUUUCUUAGCAAAUUUUAUGAUGGACAGGGUUAUCCCUUUCAACCUUUUAGCUUCAAAGCUUCAGACCACGACGACGAUGAUGAAGAAAAUUCUAGUAAUCAUUAAUAUACAAUAUAAUACACAUUUUAACAACAAAGACUACUACUAAAAUACCAAAACUAGUGAAGAAAUUAUUCUCUCAUAAAUUCAA